AUGUUUGUUGAUGCACAACGUGCGUUAUUGCUUGCAACUGAACGUCGUAGAUCGCUGAUUUUUGAGUUGGAUCGAAUCAAACAAGCACGAGCCGAUGGAAUGCGCACAAACCAGCCAUCGGGUCCGAAAGGAACGCUGACAAUAUCGAACAUUAAUAUCAAGCUAAUGCGUGAUUUCAUAAAUGGACACAUAAACUUUCACAACGGAAUUGCAGAUCAACUUCUAUUUUACUUCAUCGUUCUGAUUCGUUACGGUGAAUGCGUUAUGCAUACAACAAUGAUCACCAGUGACGAAGGUCUCAAAAGUGGCAAACUCGAAUUUCCGCAUUACAUUCAACUUAAAUCACUACCGCACGAUUUCACUUGCUCGUUGGAAAUCUACGCUCUGCGCACUCAUCGAGAAGUGAUAAAACAUCACGAAAAAUAUCGUCUCAAAGGAGCAACUUUGAAGCGAGGCACAAAAUCGCCAUUGCUGAAUGCUGCGUUUCUGUCGUCUCCAGGCGGGCCAUCAGCCGAAGUUGAUCCAUCGUUCCAAUUGGUCGGUGGUCUUACGCUGAAUAUCAAUUCGAUUCGAAAGAGUAAAUUCCAGCUGCUCGAUGCAAUGUCGCCACUGGACGGUUCGAUCGAAAUGAAUUUGAAAUGUUAUGCGGAGGAGAGUGGAACGAUUGGACAUAAAGCGUUCUUGAGUUUGUAUCAAGAUGUGGAAAAUCUGGCAUCGUGGACACGUUUUUGGUGUGUUCUCAGUGAAGGGCAAUUGCGAUUUUGGCGGUAUCCUGAAGACGAAAACACUAAGGUGCCUGUGGUGAGCAUCGACCUUCGCACGUGUGCUUGCAAUGAAAUCAAAGCAGUUCCCGUCGAGAAUUGUCCUUACCCGCAUUCAAUGCAAAUAGACGUUUGGGUGCCUGUGGUGAGCAUCGACCUUCGCACGUGUGCUUGCAAUGAAAUCAAAGCAGUUCCCGUCGAGAAUUGUCCUUACCCGCAUUCAAUGCAAAUAGACGUUUGGGUACCAAGUGAAGAGCAGGGAAAGCGUGAUAAAAUAAGGUGA